UAAAAUAAUGUUCGUUUGAAGCAAAUUAGAUUGCUAUAUUGUUUUCGAGGGAGUUUUGAUUAUUGUUCAGGCAGCUGUCGCGUCAGUCUUAGAACAGACGCCGCGCGGAAGAUGACUGUUCAUAACUUGUACAUAUUUGAUCGCAAUGGCAGCUGCCUGCAUUACAGCGAGUGGAACCGCAAGAAACAAGCCGGAAUCUCCAAAGAAGAGGAGUUUAAGCUGAUGUACGGGAUGCUGUUCUCCAUCCGCUCCUUCAUCAGCAAGAUGAGUCCGCUCGACAUGAAAGAUGGCUUUCUGGCAUUCCAGACCAGCCGUUAUAAGCUGCAUUAUUAUGAAACUCCAACAGGAAUCAAACUGGUGAUGAACACAGACCUCGGCGUGCCGAACUGCAGAGACACACUGCAGCAGAUCUACAGCACUCUGUAUGUGGAGUACAUCGUGAAGAACCCGCUGUGUGUGCUGGGCGAGUCUCUCCAGAGCGAUCUGUUCCACAGUAAACUGGACUCUUUCAUCAGAGCGCUACCGUUCUUCAGCGUCCGCGCCGCCUGAUCACAAUAAAACAUCAGCUUCUAUUUAUACUCAGUGUCUGCUUCCUCUAGCACAUUUCUUUUGUUAAAUAUCACUUUUCAUUAUUUGAUGACUUUGACUCACAAAAUUAAUCAAAAUAAAUGAUUCCUUUUUGACUUAA